AUGAAUUCACAGGUGACUUCCACCAACACCCACCCUUUGACCUAUCCCCGACAGAGCGGCAUACCCAUUUUGACUCAUGGACAAUGGAAUCAAGGAGAAGAAAGCAGCAGCAGCGGCGGCCUGAGAUUGUUCGGGAAAUCUGCUCCAAGCCCGAAUUUUACUGCCAAGGUCAUCUUCUCUUUGUUGAUCUGCUCACUGUUUCGACCUGCGAUCUCUCUUGCUCUGCUCUUUGAUCCGCCCUCUCGCUCUCCUCCUCAUAGCAUCAGCUUAUGA